UUUAAUUUUAAUACGAAUUUAUAUAUAAGUAUAUAACGCAUUUCCAACUUCCGUUGACCGUUAGUACUUAGUACUUAGUUCGUCUAAUUAAUAAAAACCAGCUACUGUAUUUGCUAUUAGCAAAGAUGAAGAGGAUAUCCACUCAAUCCGGAUCUCAAAAUGAUGAUGAUAUUAAUGUAAAAAAGUCGAGACAAGGGAGGAGAAAUGACAAGCAGCUAAUGUUUAUGGUAGACUAUAUGGUACAAAACCCUCACGUGGCAACCGGUAAAUUUUGUACCCUAAAUGGUAGGGACAACUUAGCUGGGUCAUGGGAUGAUUUGGUGUCAUCAUUGAACAAUCUACGUAAUCCGGGUGUUAAAGAAAAAAACGUAAAAUCAUGGAAAGAGUCUUGGAGAGAUUUAAAGACAAAAGUCUCUAAAAAGGCAUCCAAUCUUAGACAUGCCAAAAGACAAACAGGAAAUAAAACCAUCGAGCUUCAAGAAUUAAAUGAGUUAGAUAAGAAAGUCAUGGGGAUAAUUGGUCACGAGUACAUUGAGGGGACUGCAUGUCCAGAAUCAUUUCCAGAUGAAGUGUCUGAUUCUAUUGAAGAGUUGGCUAGAGGUAAUACUAGCAUAUUAAAUGUAGUACCUACUUCAAUUAUUACAGAAACACCCGCAGAAACAUAUGAAUAUUAUCAAGAUGAUGAUGCAAUAUAUGACAAUAUAGAAGUAUUAGAAGCUUCCAUCAUGGACAAUCCUUUACCUACUGAUGCAGCCUCAUGUAGUCAAUCUGAAAAUCAACUUAUCACAAAUGUAAAAAAAAAAAAAAAUGUUAAACUUAACACUCAAUUCAGUACUGCACGUGAAGUAUUCACAAAUUUGGCAACCAUAAACAGUCAGCAAAUAGAGUUGAUAACAAGUACCUUGAGUACCAUAGCUGAAAGCAAUCAUAGAUUGGCAGAUGCUAUGGUCAAAAUGGCAGAGAAUGAUGACAGACGAACCCAAAUGGAGGAAAAAUUGUUAGAUUUGUUGUCAACCAUUUCUUCCAAAUUAAAUUAA